AUGAAAGCUUGUUGGACUGGAGUUCAGUUCUCCAACCACCCAGGUACUGGCCCAGGCCCUGACUCCCUGAAGAGAGAUGAAGAAACCGAGAUUCAGAGAGGUUCAGACACUUGCCCAAGGUCACACAGCUAGUCUCCCCUCCCCUCCCUCCGCCUGCCAGCUGGCCGCACCAUGGCUCCGAGCCCCUUCUCUACCGGGCUCCUCUCGCCGCCACCGGCCACUUUACCCUUUCUGUUGCUGCUCUGGGCCGGAGCAUCGCGGGGCCAGCCCUGCCCAGGCCGCUGUAUCUGCCAGAACGUUGCGCCUACACUGACCAUGUUGUGUGCCAAGACGGGCUUGCUCUUCGUGCCACCCGCCAUCGACCGGCGCGUGGUGGAGCUCCGGCUCACCGACAACUUCAUCGCGGCGGUGCGUCGCCGAGACUUUGCCAACAUGACCAGCCUGGUGCACCUCACCCUCUCUCGCAACACCAUCGGCCAGGUGGCGGCCGGGGCCUUCGCUGACCUCCGCGCCCUGCGCGCACUGCACCUGGACAGCAACCGCCUGGCCGAGGUGCGCGGGGACCAGCUGCGGGGCUUGGGCAACCUUCGCCACCUCAUCCUAGGCAACAACCAGAUACGGAGGGUGGAGUCAGCAGCCUUUGACGCCUUCCUGUCCACUGUGGAGGACCUGGAUCUGUCCUACAACAACCUGGAGGCGCUGCCGUGGGAGGCGGUGGGUCAGAUGGUGAACUUAAACACUCUCACUCUGGACCACAACCUCAUCGACCACAUCGCUGAGGGAACGUUCGUGCAGCUGCACAAACUUGUGCGCCUGGACAUGACCUCCAACCGUCUGCAUAAACUCCCGCCCGAUGGGCUCUUCCUGAGGUCGCAGGGCGGUGGGCCCAAACCACCCACCCCACUGACCGUCAGCUUUGGCGGCAACCCUUUGCAUUGCAACUGCGAGUUGCUCUGGCUGCGACGCUUGACCAGGGAGGAUGACUUGGAGACGUGUGCCACACCAGAGCAUCUCACAGACCGCUACUUCUGGUCCAUCCCCGAGGAGGAGUUUCUGUGUGAGCCCCCCCUGAUCACUCGGCAGGCAGGGACCCGGGCCUUGGUGGUAGAGGGCCAGGCCGUCAGUCUGCGCUGCCGGGCCGUGGGUGACCCUGAACCCGUGGUGCAUUGGGUGGCACCUGAUGGACGACUGCUGGGGAACUCCAGCCGGACCCGGGUCCGUGGGGACGGGACACUGGAUGUCACCAUCACCACCUUGCGGGAUAGUGGCACCUUCACUUGCAUUGCCUCCAAUGCUGCGGGGGAAGCCACUGCUCCUGUGGAGGUAUGUGUGGUACCUCUGCCACUAAUGGCACCCCCACCGGCGGCACCACCACCUCUCACGGAGCCUGGCUCAUCUGACAUCGCCACACCUGGCAGACCUGGUGCCAACGACUCAACUGCUGAGCGCAGGCUGGUGGCAGCUGAGCUCACUUCCAGCUCGGUGCUCAUCCGCUGGCCGGCACAGAGGCCCGUGCCUGGCAUCCGCAUGUACCAAGUCCAGUACAACAGCUCCGUGGAUGAUUCUCUCGUGUACAGGAUGAUCCCAUCCACCAGCCAGACCUUCUUGGUGAACGAUCUGGCGGCCGGCCGCGCCUACGACUUGUGUGUACUGGCAGUUUACGACGACGGUGCCACGGCUCUGCCAGCCACUCGAGUGGUGGGUUGCGUGCAGUUCACCACGGCCGGGGACCCCGCGCCUUGUCGCCCUCUGAGGGCCCAUUUCUUGGGCGGCACCAUGAUCAUCGCCAUCGGGGGCGUCAUCGUCGCCUCGGUCCUCGUUUUCAUCGUCCUGCUCAUGAUUCGCUACAAAGUGUACGGCGGCGACGGGGAGCACCGCCGCGUCAAGGGCACGUCGUCGUCCCGGUCGCCGCCGAGGGUCAGCCACGUGUGCUCGCAGACCAACGGCGCAGGCGCGCAGCUGGCCGCCGCCCCCGCCGCCCCGGACCGCUAUGAGGCGCUGCGCGAGGUGGGCGCCCCGGCGGCGGAGGCCAGGCCCGCGUCCGCGCAGGCGGCCUGCGGAGACCCCGAGGCGCCCCUCGGACGCCCCCUGGGCGGCUCGGCCACCUCGCUGUGCUUGCUGCCCUCCGAGGAAACUUGCGCGGAGGAGCCUCGGGCCGCGACGACGGGUCCCCGGAGGAGCAGGUCGGGGGCGCUGGGACCACCGGCUUCUGCGCCCCCGACUCUCGCUCUGGUUCCCGGGACUGUCCCGACUCGAGCGAGGCCGCAGCAGCGCUAUUCCUUCGAUGGGGACUACGGGGCGCUGUUCCAGAGUCACAGUUACCCGCGCCGCGCCCGGCGGACAAAGCGUCACCGGUCCACGCCGCACCUGGACGGGGCCGGAGGGGGCGCGGCCGGGGCGGAGGACGGAGACCUGGGGCUGCGCGCGGCCCGGGCGCGCCUGGCUUUCACCAGCACCGAGUGGAUGCUGGAGAGUACCGUGUGA